AAAAAAAAAAAAAAAAAAAAAAAAAAAAAAAACCCAAACAUUGGUUGCCUCUUCAACCCAAAACUCUGAAAUAAUUCUUUCUAGUUCCCCUGUGUCACCACAAGACCUGGGAUCGCGAAACAAUAACCAUGGUGUCCCUAAGUUGGCGAACAGCGGUGACAACAGCGGCAGCUGCUUUCGCAAGUGUAGCUUCCGCACAAACUUGGACAGCAUGUAACCCAACACAGCGAACCGAUUGUCCUCCAAACACCGCCCUCGGCAUGGCCAUCGAUGUCGACUUCACCCAAGGCGCUGUCAACUCCUUUAACCCCUACGGCGGCACCCCCUCCUACUCAAGAAACGACGGAGUCUCCUUCACCGUCGCCAAAUCCGGCGACUCCCCGCAGCUAACCUCCAUCUUUUACAUUAUGUUUGGGCGGGUCGAAAUAACCAUGAAGGCGGCCCCCGGCGCCGGCAUCGUCUCUUCCGUGGUCCUCCAAUCCGAUGACCUUGACGAGAUCGACUUUGAGUGGCUGGGCGACGACAACACAUACGUGCAAACCAACUUCUUUUUCCAAGGAAAAACCGCCACCUACGACCGGGGACAGUACAACCCGGCCCACAACAGCCAGGGUCAGUUCAUCAAGUACACAAUCGACUGGACUUCGGAAAAAAUCUCGUGGUACGUGGGCGGCACUCUUGUGCGGGUCCUGACCGUCAAUGAUGCGGGCGGCGAGUACCCGCAGAGUCCCAUGCAGGUGAAAUUCGGCGCCUGGUCCGGGGGCGAUAGCGCCAACUCACCGGGGACCAUCCAGUGGGCCCACGGCCCGACGGAUUAUAGCCAGGGGCCCUUCAGCAUGACGGUCAAGAGCGUCAUGGUUAGCGAUUACUCGACGGGCAAGUCGUACCGGUACGGCGACACGAGCGGCACGUGGCAGAGCAUCAUUGCCGAGGGCGGCAAGGUGAACGGGAACUUGGGCAAAGCCGGCACGGUUACGGUGACGGCUAGCGCGGUGGCGGCGACGAACACGGGGUCGGCGGGCGGCUCGGUGCCCGUGGGCGGCAUCGGGUCGGCCAGUGGGGACGCGUCAGGUUCUAAUGGCGGCAGCGGCAGCAGCACCCAUGGGUCGAUUCCUGAGGGCUGGGUUAUGAAACCAGAUGGGAAGAUAGUGCCUGUUGGCGCGGCGAGCGCAAUGGCGAGGCCGCCGCAGGGCUUGCUGGUUGCUACGUCGCUUGUGACGGUGGCUCUUGCUGCCUUUGUUGGGUGUUUGGCUUGAGAUUAAAUCUUGAGUGGCAUGACAACAUACAGUCUUUGCGUUGCUCGAUUAUCGUCUGGGUCUUCUUCUCCCUUGGAGGUCGGAGGCGUACGAGUCAGCAGCACGAUGCAUUUGCAGGCGUCAAGAUGAA